UGAUGCCGUUCUGAACUCAAAACGCGUUUUUGGUCUCCUGUUGGCGCGUUAGGCAGCGUUAGUUGUUGGUCAGGACCUUGGAAGGGUUUUGCCCCUUUGCUGGGUGACUUAGGGGAAAUGUCUUUCCCUUCCUGCGGCUCCGUUUCCCUUCCUAAAGCAAGGCUGAUCUGCCCUGUGAAAUAAAUCCGUGUCUAUCAACGGAAAGUGCUGCGGACAAGGUUUUUAUAACAAGUGAUACUAACAGAACUAUUUGCCUCUGAUGUGUGUUGCUUGUAUCUUUCUAACAACAGUUUUUAGUAUAGCUGCCACUUAAUAUAAAUAUUGUCUGUAUACAUCACAUCUUAUGUCAGUCUUCUGGCAGGUGUUAGAUCUACGUGACCUUUCUCAGCUCUUGGAAAGUCCCUUAGGUUCCAGAGCUGUCCUGCGUGUCAUGUACUGAUGUCUUGUGUUAACGCCAUUCUAGCUCUAAGUGCCUGCGCAGUUUCAAUGUGCAAGUUCAUAUGCUGCUGUGCAAGUAAUAUGCUCUGUAAAUAAUAAAUACAGUAUACUCUGUAUAUGUAUAUUAAAAAAAAAAAGUAAAAUCAGUGGGAAUGCCGUCAGUGAGAAGCAUUUCCAUGGCAUAUACCUUGGUGAGUCUAGCAGUUGAAGUUUUCAUCUAACACAGAGUCGGUGAAUGGAUUAACUGUAAUCUUAUUUCAGCACCUUUCUUCCCUGUUGUCAAAUUACAUACCCUGCUUGUUUGUUCACAGGAAGUUCAUGAAGUGGAUCAUGGUCUUGUUAGCCAGCUACUUGUGGAUUCAGAGGAGGCUCUUGGCUCGUGCACAGAGAAAAUGCAGGUUCCUGCUCAGUAUAGCUGGAGUGCUGACUGGAGCUUUUGGCCUCUGCAAAUAAGAGGGGGGCUGGGCCACAGAAGGGGAUGUAAUGACUCUAAUGCACAGCCCUGUGCUUGCCAGUGGCCCACUGGAAGAGUGCCCUGUGCUUACGAGGCCCCCCUCUCCAGAAGAGUUCAGGCUGAAUGAAGAAGAGCGGAAAAUGAAUCUCUCAAGUUCCACUUAUAAAUACAGGAGUGAGGAAUUCAAGAGACAGUUUUCUCAUCUGCCAGAUUCAGAGAGACUUGUAGUAGAUUAUGCCUGUGCGCUGCAGAAGGAUAUCUUGCUGCAAGGACGUUUAUAUCUCUCAGAAAACUGGCUCUGUUUCCACAGCAACAUUUUCCGAUGGGAGACCACAAUUUCUAUUGCCUUGAAGGAUAUCACUUUCAUGACAAAGGAGAAGACUGCUCGGCUCAUUCCAAAUGCUAUACAAAUAGCAACAAAAGGAGAGAAGUUUUUCUUCACAUCAUUCAGUGCAAGAGAUAGAAGCUACCUCAGCAUCUUCCGCUUAUGGCAGAAUGUGUUGCUGGAUAAGAGACUGACCAAGCAGGAGUUCUGGCAGCUGGUACACCAGAGCUAUGGCUCUGAGUUGGGUCUGAAUACCGAGGAGAUGGAGAGCUUUCACUCAUCGUCCGAGGACAACGGGCAGCCUCGAGCCAGCCUUUGUGAUGAUUCUGGGGAAAAGGAUGAAAAGCUACCUAAAAUGACUGGCUCAGUUCGGGAACCCGCUCUACAAACAGAAGGAGAGUCGCUCAAUGGACAGACAUUGCCAGGAGUGGAAGAGUCCCUGAGUGAGAAGCAAAUAAAGAGCCCUCUUCCAUCCUCAGAAAGAAAACCUGUUAACCUAGUCAGGAGCAGGUCCUCAGAAAAGUCCUUGGAUCUGAAUGAGAAUGAAAACCUUUCAGAGAAGAGCAGUGCCUCAGACAGCGAAGAAGCAGUGAAGGAGACUGUCUCUGAGAAUGAUCUCUAUGGGAGACUGUUUAUAAACAGAGUUUUCCACAUCACUGCAGACAAGAUGUUUGAAAUCCUUUUCACCAAUUCCCACUUCAUGCAGAGGUUUCUCAGUUCCAGGAGUAUAGUAGAUGCUGUAUCAACCCCUUGGAAUAGAGAUACCAGUGGGAAUCAAUUGAGGACUUUGACCUACACUAUAACGAUUAACAAUCCACUCUGCGGGAAGUUCACAACUGCGACUGAAAAGCAGGUCCUGCAUAAGCAGAGCCAGAAAGGUCAGUCUUAUCAGGUGGAUGCAGAGGUGCUGACCCAUGAUGUCCCGUACCAUGAUUACUUCUACACUGUGAACCGAUACUACAUCAGCCGCACAUCCAGUCACAAGUGUCGAUUACGGGUUUCUGCAGAAGUAAAGUACAAAAAACAGCCAUGGGGCCUUGUCAAAUCUGUAAUUGAGAAGAACACCUGGGGAGGCAUACAGGAGAACUUCAAACAACUUGAAUCAGAUCUGCUAAUGGAGGAAUAUGCAAUCAAUCAAUCCAUAGAAGAUUCUGGAAAAUUAGUUGCCCUAAGACGAAGACGACGCACUUUACACCGGAGUCUGGCAGAAUCGCUUCCCAAACGCUCUUCCCAGCACUCCUCUGGUGACAUGGGACUGGAGUCACAGGGCAGCAUAGUAGGAAGAAAAAGAGAUCCUCUAAGCAGGACCACCACCAUCAUUGUAGUAAUGAGUAUCUUUCUGCUGCUCUUGGUUUUGCUGAAUAUAACGCUAUUUCUCAAACUCUCAAAGAUAGAGCAUGCAGCUCAGUCCCUCUAUCAUGUACAGCUUCAGGAAGAAAGCACUUUGAACAUAUCUCCAGAAAUGGUAUCAAAAGAAGAGAUCCCCCAAUAUGAUAAGGAACAGGUUAAGCAUGUAAAGGGAGUGCUGAGAGACUCAAUUGAAAUGCUUGAGCAGCUAAAGAGCUCCCUUUCUAUGCUCCAAAGAAGCUUUGAUCACUUGAACAAGACCCAGAGUGGCAGGACUGAGAGUUAAUACCUGCAUCAGCCUUCAAUUCAAGAUGUUGGAAGAAAGAAGAUGAGUGAUUGAGGACUUGAGGGUAGGGGUUGUCACAGUCAUCUUUGGACUUUUUACUAUUUCGGCUCAACAGCUGCAGAGAAUAAAGGUUUCUGGAGGAAGUAAGGUGGGUUCUGCGUUCCUACAGCUCUGAUCUGCCUCCAUGACUGAC